GGCGAGGGCGAGGGCGGGUUCCCAGACGCCGAGGGCUUCGAGCCCGAGCGGGAAGUGCUGGAAGCGGGAGGGCCGGUGCUGUGGGGCCACGAAGGCCGCCCCGGCGGCUUCCCCACCGACCACAAGGGGGACGGCCCGGCCUACGCGUCGCGCGUGGCUGACGAGGCCGCGGCGGACAUCGUGCAGCAGCUGGCAGACCGCGAUGCCCUGGGCCUGCGGAGAAACCGGCCCCCGGAGGGCUGCGCCUUGGCAGCGUCGGGCGGUUGGGCGGGCCUAGGGGCGGGGCCCGGCGGGCGAGGCGCGCUCGCCCUGGGCCGCGUGGAGUCGCAGCCGCCUUCCGCCGCCCCGCCGCACGUUGGUGGGCCCGAGGGAGGCCGAGCCUGGGGAAACCCGAAGAGAGGCGCUAAGAGCAGGUCGAAGGUCAGGGCGGAUCGCCAGCGGCCCUCGACGGCCGCCAAAGGCCUGAGCGUGCUGCCUUCCGACCCCGAGUCCUCAGAUGAGUUCAGUGACAUACAGCUGGUGAGGGUGAGCACUCACCCCAAAGAAGGAGGCCAGGCCAAGCCCAGCAGCCCCGAGGAUCCCGGGGACACACCGAGACACUCGAAUUUCCACGUCAGGGAGAGUUUCCUUCGCACGCUAUGCUCCUUCCUGACCCCGGCUCCCCCCGGAUUCACUUCGCUUGGGGAGAGGCAGGCCUUUGGCGAGCCUGACAUCUCCCCCUCUAAGAAAAUGCAAAGCCUGGUCUGGGGGAAGGGGGAGAGCAGGCCCAGCUACCAGGGAGCUGCUGCUGUUGCUGCUGCAGGCGGCCUGCCCCGGGCCACCUCUAGGAAGAAGGUGGCCCAGGAGAAGAAAGCCCCAGGGGAGGCCUCCAAAGUGGCCUCGGGGAAAAGCUUUCCUUCCUGGGGGCAGAGAGUCUCGGCAGCUCCCCUGGAACCAGCCACCUUCCCCCCGAUCUCCCGUGUCCCGCUGCUUGGGAGGUCCAGGAGGUGUGCCCUGGUCCCUUUGGGAACCAAACAGUCCAAGCACACGGGCGCCGGGAAGAAAUCUGCGGCCAGGAGGGCUCGGGAGGCAGAGCUGAUGGCGGCCGCAGGAGAAGGCAGAGACGCGUUCCCCAAGGGCCAAAGGCCAGGGCCAUCUUGUUUGGGCAUGCAUCGUGGAGAAUGCAGCAGUGGCGACCUCUACACCAGAGCCCCCCAAGUUCCAGGAGGCUCAGAGCCCUUGGCCCCGAGCCAGGGAGACAUCCUGCCCAGAGUGCCUGCGCCCUCCAGUGACCAGGAGCCGCUUGACCACACCCCAAGGCCAGAGAGGUGGCAGCUGCCACCAGCUGGCGCCCAGGGCUGUCCUCGGUGUCUCGUGCUACAGAGAGAAAUAGACGACCUGAAGGAGCAGCUUGCGGCCAUGCAGUCCCUGACUGACAAGUUCCAGAGCCUUUGAAGUGGAGCCCAGCAUCUCCGUGCAAGAGGAGCAGCUGGCGCCUUUGGAGCCAGGGAGCCCUGACCAAGCCGGUUCCCUCCUGUUGGACCUCAGCCAAGGCUUCCUCUCCCUGUUCUUUUGCCCCCUCCCCACCCCGGUUCACAGCAAUUUCAAAUUAAAGUACCUCUCAGGCCUGUGGUCAGCCUUGUCUCU